AUGUUUCAUGUUAAUAUGCUUUCCUGUCUUCUCCUUUUGUUUCUUUAUUACAGGAUUCCUCUCUACGCUGGUGUUCUUAUAACAAUCACAGACACAUUCGUUUUUCUGUUCCUCGACAAAUAUGGUCUGCGUAAAUUAGAAGCAUUCUUUGCAUCGUUGAUAAUAGUGAUGGCCUUUACAUUUGGAUAUGAGUACGUGGCCGCAGCUCCAGACCAGGGCCAGGUCAUGAAGGGGUUGUUUGUACCCUCCUGUGGGGACUGUGGAGAACAGGUGAUCCUGCAAGCUGUAGGGGUCAUAGGGGCCAUCAUCAUGCCUCACAACAUCUACCUGCAUUCUGCGUUAGUCAAGUCUCGAGACGUAGAGAGGAGCAAGAAAGAGGCCGUGAAAGAAGCAAACAAGUACUACUUCAUUGAGGCCAGUAUUGCUCUCUUGAUCUCCUUCAUCAUCAACCUGUUCGUCGUCUCUGUCUUCGCUGAAGGACUUCAUGAUAAAACAAAUGCACAAGUGCAUAACAAGUGUGUGGAGCACAACCUUAACAUGUAUAUUGAUGUUUUCCCAAAUAACGAUACAUUAGUGGAGAACGUUGAUUUAUACCGAGGGGGUGUCUUUUUGGGCUGCCAGUAUGGUGCUGCUGCCCUCUACAUUUGGGCUGUGGGCAUCCUGGCAUCAGGUCAAAGUUCAACCAUGACCGGUACCUAUGCAGGGCAGUUUGCCAUGGAGGGCUUUUUAAAUCUGAAAUGGUCACGCUGGAGAAGGAUCGUUCUGACCCGGUCUAUCGCCAUCUGUCCCACCAUCCUGAUAGCGAUCUUCAGUGGUAUUGAUGAUCUCACUGGGAUGAAUAAUCUACUUAAUGUUCUGAUGAGCUUACAGCUUCCAUUCGCACUUAUUCCCAUCCUGACCUUCACCAGUAGUAAGCCUCUCAUGGAUUCAUUCAAAAAUAGUCUGUUAUCUAUCAUAGCGUGCAGCUUGCUAGCUGUCUCGGUGAUAGGCAUCAACAUCUAUUUCGUAGCCGUUUUCCUACCCACACUACCACAGCACUGGGCGAUGUAUAUCUUUGAAGCCAUUUUGUUGCUGGUCUACUUUGCCUUCAUAUUUUACCUGGUUGCCUUCUUUGUACAAUUGCUUGGAUGGAAAUUUCCACCAUCAAUACAGCGCUUCUUUACGGCCGCAACAACGUCCUACAGUCUGGACAACACAGAGUACCACGCAGAGGAUGAUAACGUGGAGCUCUCGGGAUCCUACGGUCAGCAACAACUCGCUUCCUACCCGGAGGAGGAUGACACGCCCGGCGACGCCCUUAGAGAUUAGCUGGAGAGGGGAGGCGAUGCCCAUUGCACAAUGUUGCAAACCCACUUGCUUGCUUAUACCGGCGCAAUCAAAUUGUGUCAAUGGUCAUGCAUGUUGGAACCAUACUUUCCGAUAAGACGAGCUAAGCAUUACAUGUAUUUAUAUUUUUCUUUAGUAAAACCUUGCAAGUUCCUUAAGAUGUGAAAACCAAGUUAGCCUUUGUCUCUUUCAGAUAUUAUAUUUCUAUUGUAACUCGUAGGGAUCAUACAAAAUAGCUCUUUUGUACUAAAUAUAUGCUUUUCCAUGUCCAGACUGCUUCUUGUCAUGCCGGAAGGCAGGUCCUUUGCUGACAAGGAGCUUUCAAAGACUUCAUUUUAUCUUUCAAAUAGGUGCUAAAUAUCAUUUUCUCAUUGUCAAAAUGUUAAAGGGUGGCAUUAGUAGUUGCCUCUUUUAUUUUUUGUACAUACCUUCUUAAAAGAAUUUUCAGAUAUUUAUUGAUUUUAGUAAUAUCAAUUAUGUUUGUGGUUUACUCUAUCUCAAAGUCCUUUGCUGACAAAAAGCUUUCAAAGACUGUACUAGUUACUUCAAAAUGGGUGCUAACUGUUAUUAUCUCAUUGUCAAAAUGUUAAAGGGUGGCAUUAGUAAUUGCCUCUUUUAUUUUUUGUACAUUCCUUCUUAAAAGAAUUUUAAGAGAUUUGUUGAUUUAGUAACAUCAAUUAUGUUUGUGGUUUACUCCAUCUCAAAACCUUUCUCAGCUCACAUGGUAAAAGUAACAUGUACACUUGUAUGUCAUGUCAACAGGGUAUAGGGUCAUUCACAAUUUCACACAACUUGGUAAACGGCAGCGGUUUAUCUUAUGAAGACAUAUAAAUGCGUGAUAUGCUCAACAUUUCUUUUUAAGACACAGAUAGUGGGUAUGCAUCAUAGGAGUGCUGUUGUGUAGGCUAUUUUUUUAAAUUAAUUGUCAUUUACAUUACUACCAUUCAUUUACCCAAAAAAAGAUAGGAGGAAAAAAAAAAAAAAAAAAAAAAAAUGCUGCAUUUCAUGUGCCUUGUGUGAGUGGGCCAUAAAAGGGAUAAUAUUUCUCAAGCUGAAUAUACAUAAUAGAAACCAAAAGGACCUGCUGCAUGACAAUUAAUUCUGAUUUGUGUUACAUGUGUGCUUUAUGUACACUGUAUGUAUUGUGUGUGCAUGUGAAUUGAUCCCGGCAUGCUGCAUUGUACCCUGUAUACAGUUGAAUCAUGUUAUAAAGAACACAAUUACAAUGUGUUGGACUGUUGGUCCGUCUUCUUUGAAUUCUAUUGCUUUUUAAAGGUAAAGACCAGUUUUGGAAACGCCCCCCUCUCAAAAA